AUUUAAAGAUUGUUGACUUGAAGUGGCCCACAGUUCAACACUGGAGGCUGAUGCGGUAACAAGUUAACGGGUUAACAGCCCCACGGUUAAUAUCACCGUCUUAACUUUUAACUUUAAUGUUUUCAAGGCAACAGGGAGCCGCGCGUGAGUCUUUUUUCUCUUAUGAAGCUUCGUGUUUUGUUGUUAGCAGUUAGCAGCUUAGGUUAAAGUCAACUUUUUGAUGCUAAUCAAAGUUAGCAUGAAGCUACUUGUUUUUCCUCAUUCAGCAUCAAAGUUUUAACAGUUUAACUGGAUUUUCCUUAACGCCUGUCAUCGAUUUAAUCUCACUUGUGUUCAGAAUUAGUUGGUUCAUCCAUUCAAUUCAAACUCACUGGUUCUCGCUGUUAUUAAAAGCGCGGAUGUUGACCGGUCAUCAAUGGGCGACCUGGGGUUUCUAGCUGACCAGCAAAGCGCCGCGCUGGUGGUUUUCUUCUUCCUCCAACCUGACUCCAAAGACCUGAAUUACAACAAGGAGCUUUGCUCCAAAGGGAACGAACUGAUCGCAUCCCGGGAGAUCAACGGUAAUGGAAACAAUGUAGAAGCGGAGGAACACGGGGAGCUACAGACGGAUGGACAUCUGCCUGGAAACAUCACCGGGUAUUUGGAGGAUAUCCUGCCGCUGGUGGAGCUCCCUGGGCCGGGAGGCCAGCAGGAAGUCAUCAACCUGCAGGCCGUUGCUCAGGACCUGAGAGAAAUCGCAGCCCAGCUUGAGCUGCAGGUGGUGGUGCGGGCGGCGCAGAACCUGGCCAGCAACGUCUCCGAGUCGCCUUCUGAAUUGGGGAACCAUCUUGUGAACGAGGUGGAGCGGCUGCUCAGGGAGGCUUCUCUGAAGGAUUUGCCCCAGGAGCAGGUCGUCUUGGCCCUGACCUUGACCCUGGUGAAGGGCGCUUGCAUCCAGGCGCCGCGACUGCUGAAGAGCCUCUUCGACAUGGCCGUCCGGUUCAUCUGCAAUCGGUGGACCAGAUCCUGCAGCACAGGAAGUGACUGAAGGGUGUUGCCCCGCCCCCUCAACCCAGCUGCGUUCGUAGGAACGUUACUGAUGAAAGGAAACUGAAGAAUUAUUCAUAAGAGGGAACUGAAAGUUAACACUUGAAUUUGUUUACAUGUUUCUGUUUACUAAAGCAUGCAUCAAAUAUGCAUGCCAAUGUAUAUUCUAUACUUGAAUUAAAUGAUCAAACUGUUUUUGUCUGUGCAUUAAGGCUUGUUCACCCAGAACUGAACGUUAAUCUCAGCUCUCGUCUGCAUUGAGCUCAUAUUUUAUAAUUCAUGUAAAUAAUAAACAACCAGAGAUCAACUUCUGA